GAAUAAUCCCUUGUUUUCAUUCAUAACUUUUUCCUCUUCCUCUCUGUCAGCUCUGCAUUCAUCGCCUCCAUUGAGAUCGGGUUGCAGAGUGGGCAGUGCUGCCCUUGGUGCUUCUCAUUUUCUCUUUGAGAGUCCAUUCAGUGCUGAGUUUUUACAGCAUUUCUCUCUCUCUCUCUCUCUCUCUCUCCCCCCCCCUGCCCCGCUUUCAAAUGCGAAGGCUGCUGCUAGAAACACAGGGCUGAUGUCUUACAAGGAAGCCUUUUUUGGGUGGGGAGUUAAGAAUAUUAGAUAGAUGAUAGAUGUCACAGACUGCAGUCCUGUGUAUACUUUACAUGGGUGCAAGCCCUGUGGAACACAGUAACAUUUACUUCUAUGUAACUAUAGGAUUGUACUGAACUGCUGCUUGUGUUGUCUACAUCCUGCCUUUUUAUUUUGUUGGAAUAAUUAAGGCUGCAAUCCUAAAGGCUUGUUCUAAGGCUCCGUGAACACUUUGGGAUUUGCUUAGGAGGAAAUACUGAUAGGAUCCCUGGCUGGUUUUCGUGUGUGUGAUUUUUGCAAGCAAUUCCAUCCCACCCUUCUUCUAAGAAGCUCUGUAGCAGUUAACACCCCAAGAACCCUGUCUGGUUCAAAGAAUGGCUCAAAGCUGCUAACUCUUAAUAAAGGACAACAAUAGAAAGAAUUCUCUUGUGCUCUUUAUAAAUGCCUAUGAAAAGGAAAACUUGUGUGAGGCAGAUAAGGUGUGAUUGAGUUGAGCAGAGCUCUUUGUCUUGCACUCUCUACACCUGGAACAGGUGAUAGGUGAGGUGCGGUCCCUUGCUUCCCCCUCCCCACAUGUUCUGAUUAAAGAAACUUAUUCUUCCCUCUUUUAAGUUAACUGCAUGAUUUCUUUUGGGGUGUUUUUAAAAUGUCUUGGAGAAGAACACCGGGGGGGGGGGGGAGAUGUUGUGUUCCUUCAGCUGUGAGACAGUACAGUUUUCCUGACAUUAGCUGUUGGAAACUAAAUGUUGGUUGCUUCCUUCCUUACUUCCUUUUGUCUAAUUACUGAAUGGCAGACCCACAUUUAUUUAUAAACACCACUAUUAUUUUGAUCAGGGGGUCGGAAUAGAUCGCAUUUAAGGUUCUAUAUUUGUGGCCCACCUUAAUGAACCUCCAUAAAGGCAUGGAAGCAGCAUUUUAAAACUAAGGCAUCUGGUGUGUGCAGCGCUUAAGCAUGUGAGCUGCUAUCUGGCACAAAAUUUCCGCAGUUAUGAACUCCUUCAGGAGACUCAGUCUUUGCUGCAUUAUGCCUAAAAUGGACUCGUCCAGCUGACCUUUCUUGCUGGAUUUCCGAUGCAUGCCAGGUUCCUGGUGAAUGCCAGAAAUAGAGAACACAACAGAUGGAGUCCCAAGGUCAGCAUGGAAGUGGCAGUUCAUUAGUGGUCCUUCAGCAGCCGCCUUUGGACAGCCGGCAAAGGGUGGACUAUGAAAGAGAGCUUCAGCCCCCUACUAUCUUGUCUCUAGACCAGAUCAAGACGAUCAGGGGCAGCAACGAAUACACAGAGGGCCCAUCUGUGGUGAAGAAGUCUGCCCCACGGACAGCUCCCAGGCAAGAGAAGCAUGAAAGGACUCAUGAAAACAUACCGAUUAAUGUGAAUAACAAUUACGAGCACCGGCCCAGCCACCCGGGGCAUGCGCUGCACCAACACAACGCGAGGGCUCCUGUGCUCAGCAGGUCGACGAGCACCGGCAGCGCGGCCAGUUCUGGAAGUAACAGCAGCGCUUCCUCGGAGCAGGGCCUGCUCCUGAGGUCGCCCCCGUGCAGGCCAGGGCCAGGCCACAGGUUGGAAAGGCCCAUCUGGACGCAGCCCAAGCCAUCCUCUCUGGUCGUGGAGGACCUGAAGAGUCCUCUGAAAGAGGACCUGGCCCAGCACAAGUUUAUCUGCGAACAGUGCGGGAAGUGCAAGUGUGGGGAGUGCACAGCCCCCAGGGCCUUGCCCUCUUGCUUGGCCUGCAACAGGCAGUGCUUGUGCUCGGCUGAGAGCAUGGUGGAAUACGGCACCUGCAUGUGCCUGGUCAAAGGGAUCUUCUACCACUGUUCCAACGACGAUGAAGGGGACUCCUACGCAGAUAACCCUUGCUCUUGUUCCCAGUCACAUUGCUGGACUAGGUACUUGUGCAUGGGAGCCAUGACCUUGGUAUUGCCUUGCCUGCUCUGCUAUCCUCCGGCAAAAGGAUGCCUGAAACUGUGCCGAGGGUGUUAUGACCGGAUCAAUCGCCCAGGUUGCAGGUGCAAGAACUCCAACACAGUUUAUUGUAAGCUGGAAAGUUGCCCCUCGAGGGGUCAAGGCAAGCCCUCCUGAUUUAUGGGGGUGCGGGGAAAGGUUGAGUUCCUCAGACUGUCGUUCAGGUUGUGGCUGGCUUUUCUGUCUUUGCCCCCCCCCAACCUUCCCCCCUAUCUUUUUUUCCUUACUUACAUACACAAAUGAUCCUCUUCUCACACCAUAGCUUCUCUCAGCAAAAGGCAAAUCUGGGGUUUUUUCCCCCCCCCUGGUCUUUGGGUAAGGGUAGCCCAGGUACUUGCAUCUAAUCUCCCAAUAUGGCAAGUCAUCAUUCAGGUUUGUGAGUAAUCCAUUCCUGAAAGAAGUAAUGAGGGAAUUGGGUUUUUCUGAAGCCGUUUGCUCUGCAAGCAACUUUCCAAAGAUGCUGUUUUUGUUUGUCCUCUAUAACAAUUUUUUAAAACUUAAUUUUUAGUGGCUUCCAAGUGAUUAUUUCAAAGUAUUUGUGUGUGUGAAAGAGCUGAAUUAUGAAGCUUUGAAGAAAAGAAAGCAUUUUUUAAAAAAUAGUUGGGUUAAAAUUUAGCAAACCUAGUCCUGCUGUCUUUAUGGAUUGUAACCAUCCUGGCUUUUGCUACCAUCUCAACAGUUCUUUUAAAAUUCCGUGAUCCGUAUUGCAAAAAAAUAAAAUAAAAAUCUAGCUUGGAUUUCCAACACACACAAACACACCCACCACAUUCACUAGAAAUGCUAUGAGUAUAUUGUGAUGCUUUAGCUUAGAUUCCUGAAUUGCAGGGGGUUGGACUAGAUAACCCUUCCAACUACAAUUCUAUGAUUCUAGGACUACAGCUUUCUUCAUUGGUUUCUAUAGCUUUCAGAUUUGUACAAGGUCCUAAGUUUUCACUCCCCCCUUCCCCCCCUCUUCUUUUGAUGCUAAAGUUAUUGAUUUCUGCACAUCUGAGUAAUACUGUUCAGGUAUCAUACAGUUUAAAUUGUGUAAACAUUCUUGGAUCUCUUAACACUUCUAUUCUGUGGUUUAAUGACAUUUAACUCUACUCUGCUCAAUAACUUUAAUCCUCUGUUUUUAUUGCCUUAGCCACAAAUUGUGGUGCUUUUUGUAUAUUUUAUGUAAAAACACAAAGUUGAAUUCUGACUAUUUUUAAGACAAAGGUCUGUUAAAACUUUUUUAUUGUAAAGAAUAUUUAUUAUGUGAAUUUCUAUUAUUUUAUGAUAUUUAUUACAAAGGACUGUUCCAAAAAUGUACUCCUGUCUGAAUAUAACAAAAUACCAAUACUUAACGAAAAUAAGGGUGACACGAAGAAAGUACAUAUGUUAAACUAUAAUGCAGAAAAUAUAAUAAUUAAUGAAAACGUCUCUUGGGUUCUUUAUUUUUUAAUAUAACAGUAAGUUGUUAAUAGCAGUAUAACUGAUAUAUUUCACAGCAUUCAUAUAUUUUGUUUGGGCUGGAAAACAUGUGGACCCCCAAUGAUGUUUCUGUGGACUACUUACAAAUUUUUGCAUUGUCUUUAAAAGUUUGCAGUCCUCAUGGCUCCAAGUGUAAAAUGGGACCGCAAAAAUUGCCCUAUGCCUGUGAAGGACCAUCGUGAUUCUGCCCCCCCCCCAAAAAAGUUCGACUUAACCUUCAGGCCAUAAGCGUACUUCAAAAUAAGAACAGCUAACCAAGAAAAUCCUUAAUAAAAUAAAUAAGAACAGCUUCCGAACCAAUCACAAUUUGGCCUCUGCUAAUUUCAUGAAAUGUGCAAAUGACUCUUAUCCACCCCACUCAUUGGUAUUUACAAGACAAGUGGGCAACCGGUGCCCCCCCCAAGAUGAUGUUGGACUACCACUCCCAUCAUCCUUGACCACUGGCUAGGACUGAUAGGAGAGGGGAGUCCAACAACUUACGGAGAACCACAGGUUCCCCACCCCUGUUUCCAAAAUGACCUAUGGUGCUAAAUCUCUUUUCUACUCUUUUUUGGUAUGGCAACUGGAGUCUUCUGUUUCACUUCCUCGGGAGGCAUUAUGGAAACUUCCAUUUACCAUCAGCAGUUUAAAGUGCUUUCUUUUUCUGAAAUGCCAAUCGUGCCAAAUUAGCAGCAACAUGUCUGUUGAUUGAAUUGCAUAUCAGCUGAAGAAAAUGCAUCUAUUUUCAAGUUUGCAUCUGAAUAAAAAACUAAGACUCAGAAUAACAAAAGUACUUUGUGUUAAUAAAGUCCAGUAGUUGAAGGAGCUUCUGGGCAUUCCUAAUUCUUGUGACCCAAUGGGGCUUUUGUUCGUUCACCGCUAUUACCUGCCAGAUGGUUCCACAAAAAAUUUAAUACAGAAUUUGCUCCGCCAGUCUAUCUUUUGGCACUGUUCUACUCUGUUGUCCACAGCUGGAGUUGGGACAUAGUAUUGUACCUUUUGAGGUUUAGUGGGAACUGCAGUGCCCAUACAAACAACCUUCCUUAUUUUAAGUUUCUCAAGAAAGCAUAUGUUGCUAAGCAGUGGUUUCCAGAAUCUUCCUCUUCGGUCUUGUAGAAGAUUCAAGUGAGUCCAGCUCUUGCGACUGAAGCAACAGCGACACAUUCAGUGUGUUCUUUCUUUGUUGGUUUAUUAAAAAUGUUUGUGUAAAAAUGCUCACUCUAAGGUCAGUUACUUGACCUUAAAAGUUGCACCUUUUGUAAGGGAAAAAGUCAGAACAGUUUAUCUAGUAAAAGUAUGGAUAUUUUCUUAAAGUUGUGGGUUGAUGUCGUCUCGGCAUUUUGUACAAGCAACCUAAUUUGUCAGGUGUAAGUGCAGAUACAGGAUUUUGCGUGUGGUUUUCUGUUUCGGAAACAGAUAUGACCCUGCACGUACAAGAGAUUGUGGUGAUGAGAAAACCCCCAACAUUGAAAACCACAUAAGCACAGUCAGCUACCACAACACAUUUGGUUUUUGUAUAGGAGACUGAAUCUACUCUUCCUUUUAGCACUGAUCAUCUAUUUGGUGGGGAUAGAAAGAGGAGAGAUCUCUGAAAACAGCAACAUAAUACAAUCUCCAUAAUGCUCAUAAUUUAUCAAGGUCCUUGGCUAAUAAACAGCAUCUCAUUUCCCAAUUCUCCAAUUGCUUUUCAUAAAAUCAUCUCUUUCACAUGAAGGAUGUUGUGAUAUUUUUUCUUAGUAUCUUUUGAUAUGAUCCAUUCUUUACACAUCUGUUUUUCACUGUUGCACUCAAUGCCCCCUUGUGAUUGUGCUUCUCAUUUGGGAAUAUAUUUUCACAAUACUCACAGUAUGUUUUGUCUGUGAAAUGGGAGUAUUUCAUACAGAUUGCUUUUGUGUUGCUGUUGUGGUUACUGUCUAGAAUGCAAGCUCCUGUAUCUGUUCAAAAUGCACAAGAUACCAUACUUUGGGCAUAUGAUGAACAUUGUAAAAUGUCAUUUGAGUUUGCUAUGAUAGAUGUGAAAAGUUGCGUUUAGGAUAGUAGUUGCGAACUAAACUUUGAGCAAUGCCAAUUAUGAGAUAUACCAGUUUUUAAGAGCAUUGCUGUUUUAUUCAUUUGCUUAUAAUUUGGAUUGGACCUGCUAGUUUUCAGGCUUUUUUCUUUUUAACUGCACAGGCUAGUCUAAAACAGAACAUUCAUAUGUGAACACUUGAGCCACAAUUAUUUUCAGAUUAUGUAACUUGGUCAAUGGACUGUUUGGUUUUUAUUUCCUGCACAACUAAUACUGUUGAGACUAUUAAAAACAAGCAAACCACCAACCCAAGAAAAAUUGGGUACCGGUAAUUUAUUCCUAGCAUUCAGUUUUUCUAUCUAGGAAGUUACAGAGUGCUAUAAUGAUCGAUCCUUUUUUUGUUUUUUUGUUUUUGUUUUUUUGAAGUGGCAUGUUUGUUUGCAGCUAUUUUUCUAGAUCUAUUAUUAGGGCUAUUACUUCACAACAAUUGAACAUGGGAACCAGCAGGAAAAGCAACUAAAGCAGGUAUAGGCAACCUUGGCUCUCCAGAUGUUUUGGAACUACAACUCCCAUGAUCCCUAGCUAACAGGGCCAGUGGUCAGGGAUCAUGGGAGUUGUAGUUCCAAAACAUCUGGAGAGCCAAGGUUGCCUAUGCCUGAACUAGAGAAAUCUAAGUAGCAUGGAUCUUUGCCUACAAUCAAGCAGGCACUUAAUUCAGCCUCUGCUUUUAAGGAGCAUCAGAAGCUGGCACAUGUAAUGUAUGCUGAAUGGUGGAAUCAGCACAUGACUGAAGUUGCACGUGGCUGUUUUGUCAUAGGCAGGGAACUAGCACUUCUCCCAAAUUGGAUACUGUUAUGUGUCAUACAUACAUACAUACAUACAUACAUACAUACAUACAUACAUACAAACAAACAAACACUAGUUGCUAUAUAUAAUUUUCAACAAGCUCUUCAUAUGCACCAUAUAAUACUUUAACAUUGCAGUAUGUUUAGUCUAAACCACACUGCUGGGGGAUCAGUUACGCUGCUCUUCUGUCUAAUGAUGAGUUCUCUAUUCGUUUAGAUCUUGCAUGCUCCCACAUAUUUUCAUGAGGGUAAUGAAAUACCCAUUGAUUACCUGGGGAAUUUAUUGGUCUUAGCUCUGUGUGGUAGUUAAGGUGUAUAUACUGAGAAUGCCUGAGAUCAAAUGUAGCCAGUGUUGUAAUUCAACAGCGUUUGGCAGUCACCCUGGCUACCCCAGCCUUAGACUUGGUUGGAAACUUUUUCAGUACAGUGGUACCUCUGGUUAAGAACUUAAUUCGUUCCAGAGGUCCGUUCUUAACCUGAAACUGUCCUUAACCUGAAGCACCACUUUAGCUAAUCGGGCCGCCACGCUGCCGCCGCACGGUUUCUGUUCUCAUCCUGAAGCAAAGUUCUUAACCUGAGGUACUAUUUCUGGGUUAGCGGAGUUUGUAACCCGAAGCGUUUGUAACCCGAGGUACCACUACUUCCCAAGGUAACGAUAUGGACAUUUGAGGAAGGAUAUCAAGCUUGCUGCUAUAGCCCAUUGGGUUUAUUUACAGCACUGCUGGUCAAUAUUAAAAUGUCAGGCAGGCAUGGCUUCGCCCCAAAGUCUCAUUAAGGAAAGAAUCCAUAGCAUGUUGCCACCAGGUACAAAAUUGAGACUGAAGUGUUCUGACAGGGUAGGUAAUGAGACAGUGUGUAACUACGUCUUGGAUUGAAUUUUGUUUUUGAAUGACAAAGAUUCUGAUGCUACAGGAAUGGUACUUGUAGUGCAGAAAAUACUGAAUUGGGUGGAUAAGUGGUCUGAUUUUUGUAGAAGUCAGGUUCCUGUGUGCAAAUGUAAAUUUGAACCAGACUCCAUGGGUACAUUUUGUAAGAAGAAACAAGGUGUUACGUGAUGGUGGUAUUCAAAAUCCUUUCCCAGUGCCAAGAGCACAAUAUUUGGUGUGGGUUCCCAUGAAUGGGAAUCCUUCAAUGCAUUUUCCCGCUAAAUUAAAAGAAGGAUAUGAAAGAGAUUCUUCUGUCACGUGAACAGGACUUAAACCUGAUUUCUAGCCCUAUAACACAGUGGUUAGAUUAAAUUUUGCACUUGUUUUAUGAAUGCCAUUGUUGGUUUAUGCUGUUCAAUAUUUUUCUCCCUCUUAGUGUUGGUUGUUACAGUACAGACAUUCUUUGCAAGUAAAAUCAGUAAAUAGAUUCAGGUGGGUGAGAGAAGCCAAUUUUGAGAGGCUGAUGCAUGGCACCUGUAGGAAAGGGUGUCUGUAGCCUCCAAGCAAGUAAUAGCAAGGCUAGCAUGAGCGCCUGCUUCUUUCCUUGGGUUUUCCAGCAACCAUACAGAGGUGGUGGGCUGCUGAAACCCACUUUGGUUUGAAAGCAUGUUAACAGUAAGUAUCAAAACUUGGUAACUUGAUCACUUGCAGGUUUUUUAGAGAGCCCAUGCAAGAGAUAUUUCUGCUAAGAAGCUUGUUUCAACACUUUGCAAUGGGUCUAAGCUAAAUGAAAUGCUGGUAAUGUGGAUAAUAACCAAGCUAGUGAGUUCUCAUAUUUUGACAAUAUUGGGAAUGCUUUCAUCUAUGUAAAUCAGUGGAUUGGUUCUUUUUUGUUUGAAUCAAAACUGGUAUUACUAUAAUGUUGUUUUUUUAAAAAGGUGGUUGCAAACUGGUUUCCAGGUCUAUCAAAAGGCAAAUAAUUUAGGUUUUUAUUUGUUUAUUUUUUUUUGUCAAUUUAUGGUUUUGCUAGCUGCACUAGUCUUUAAAUCAGAGAUUGGGAACUUGAGGCUCUCCAAAAGUUGCUGGACCCAUCGUCCCUGACUACAGGUUCUCCACAUUGGUGCUUUAAAUGCUAGCAUUUUUGUCUGUCUGAAGAAAAGACAGAGCUUGGAAGAUGAGCUUGCUAGGACAGGUGCCGGAUAUGGAAAUGAAAUCUCUUUAUAUGGUUGACAGAUUAAUGUUCUGAUUUGCAAAAUAGCACUCCUGAAAUGAACAACUGCCCUAGCCAAUUUUUUAAUUAACUGGCAUUUGAAAUAGCCACAUGGAACAGAUAUAUUUCCUUUUUACUGUAGGCUUUUUCACACACCCAGGUUAGCAUGUUGAGAAUGUGGUCUGAGCGUAUUAAGAGAGUUUGCAACACGGUGGCUGCGCUCUGGGUAUCUGGUAAAGCAAUAACAGGAAUGCUGCAGGAGGUACUUGACUCUGCAUAGAUCCAUCUAAAUCACUUUCUCAGAGCUGAUGUGUGAAUUCAUCCUGAGGCUCAGUGAGUGAAGAUAAUGCAAGGAAUCAACUUAUUGGCUGUGAUUUAUAGGUGCUGCCUUCCAGCUGUGGUGAUCACUGAAUGAAAGGCAACCAAGCUGUUAGGUUCUUUUCAUUUUUUAAAAAAGCAUUUCCUUUUGAUUUCUUCAUAUACUUCAUGCAACAAUGCGUUGGUUUAAAUUGUGUGGCUAAUUGCUGUGGGGUUUGUUUUUUUUUAAAAAAAAUAACAAUGGUAUUAAUAUGGAAUUGAAGAAAUGUGUAUAGAGGCCUGUCAGAAAUGGCUUGAAAAUCCCUUUAGAGAUCUCUGACAAGAUGUGAUGAGUUCUUAUUCAAGACUGCCCAGCUAAAGUAUCUGUGGUGAACAUUGGAACAAUUAUUAAUGAGCCAAAAUGCUACAGUUCUGAAGAUGCGGACACCAGUUAUCUCUCCAAGAGAAGAGUUGAAGCUUACAGAGGCUCUCCCAUCAGACACUUCAUUUUUGCCAGUUAAUUUUCCACAUCUUCAUCAUAGUGACAGAAUGGUCCACAUUAUGUAUUUCCAUAAAUGAAUGCUUUUCUCUUAUAAAUCAUCUCUAUGAGAGGACACAUCAUGGGAUGAGAUGCUGGGUUCUAAGUUAAUGAUAAAAAUGGCUAUCCAUGAACAGAACAUUGCUUGCUCACAUGAACUAAAGGAUGUAUAAUGGCUAGUUCUUUUGAAUUCUAGAGCCACAUUUCUAGAGCUUUAUUCACAUUAAAAUAGUAAAAUAUAUGCAUUUUACUUUUAAUGAAGUUAUGAAGCCAACAAGAAAUAUGGUUAGCAAAACACUGAUUAUAUACUGUAUAUACCCAGCCUUCUAAAACAAAGACACUUUAAAUCAGAGGAAAAUUAAAUGGAGACACAUGAAGCUUUGCUCAUUCCAUGUGUAGAAGUAGAACCUGAUGAAAGUUAAGGUGCUGGAAUGCUGCAGAAAGUAAUAAAACAUUCUGCAUUGAUUCAAAGUUACCUGGGAUACAUAGUUUAGCCAGCUGCAAUUAAGCAUUGCUAGAAGUGAUAGCAGCUUGAUCCUAUUCAUGCCUAACUCAAAAGUUCCAUUGCGUUCAAUGGGAAAUGUCCCAUUGUGCUUAUGAUUGCAGUCCAAGUUACAGUAGAUAAUUAAGCAAUGCACUGGCCCUACAAUUGCAAAUACAUCUUGUCAUUAAAAGUACUUGGCAGGUGAGUUCCUGAUCAUCCCCAUAGAGCAGGCACGUCCAACAGGUAGAUCGUGAUCUACCGGUAGAUCACUGGACGUCUGUGGUAGAUCACUGGUAGAUCAGUGGCUCCUCCCAAAGAAGCUGAACAACUUGGGCUCCCCUAAAAAAACUCAACAUUUUGGCCCUUCACACCCCCCCCCAAAAAAACGGGCCUUCCCUCUUCCCUAAAAGAAGCUCAACAAGUUUGACCUGAACCCCACACAACAGGGCUUUCCUUCCUAAUAAAAAAAGCUCAAAAACUUUGACCUGAACACCCAAGAAAUGGGCUUCCCUCUUCCCUAAAAAAAGCUCAACGACUUUGACCUGAACCCCCCAAAAGGGGGUAGAUCACUGCCAGUCUUUAACUCUGUGAGUAGAUCGCAGUUUGUUGGGAGUUGGCCACCCCUGCCAUAGAGUGUUUUAUGACCAAUGUUUCCCUUUGUGCAAAUAGAAGACUGGGCUUCACCUUAUGUACUCCACUUGUAGAGAAGAGAUGGGGAUCCUAUAGACCCUUCAGGUGUUGCUGGAAUCCCAGCCCCCAACAGCCUGUAUGGCCAGUAGUCAGAGAUGAUGGGAGUCAUAGUUCAGCAACAUCUAGAGGCCCACAGGGAGAGAGUAAAACAGCUACAUCAUCAUAUGGGGAAUGAAGUUGGCCACUGUGAGAACAGGAUGCUAGCCUAGAUGAGGCGUAGGCCUACCGUGGCAGGCUCCUCUAAGGUGCUCCUGAAAGGAAGACUCUACCUAGACUGUACCUAUAUGUUUCAUUAUUGAAUAAUUGAACAAUACACUAAUUGCUCUCUGUAUUGCUUGUACUUGGCCCUAUUAGAUGGCUUCCAAAGGUGGAGUUAUGAGGGCCACAGCUGGUCUGGCCUUCAGAAUCUCAUGCAAGAUAACAAUGCUCCUGAACAUUUGGCUUUUGGGGAGUGGGUUGUAAAGAGGAUGAGGCAUACAUAAUGCAUCAAAGCCUUCUGUGGCAUCUUAGAAGACUUUAACAAUUGUUAUCGACCAGUGUCUGACAACCUGGGCUUUAGUCCACAAAAGCUUAUGCCAUAUAAAUAAUUUUGUUAGUCUUUAAGUUGCCACGGGACUCCUUUGUUGUUUUUGCUGCAACAGACUGUCCCUGCUGAAGGGGAAAAAAUACAUAAUACGUGUUACUUUCAUGGUCAGCAACUUAUGCCCAGAUCCCAGUCUUUUAAUUAAAAACCUUUUAUUUCCACAAAUUUAUUCCGCGGUCGUUCUUCCAAGAUCUGCCUUGGAUUUCUAAUGGGGAAUGUUUUAGCAGGAAUGUAGCCUUUUGUUACUAUGAAUAGUUCGGGGCAGAUUAGCUGUGCGCCAAUUUCCUGUUGCUUUUCAGAGCUGCAAUCUGAGCCCUAUUUGCUUCUGGCUCUUGCACAAUAGAAAACAAUGGGUGGCUUCUUUCAGGUUUCACUUCAGAGCUCUUAGGAACAGGGGAAGUGGCUAAAGCCCUACUUUACAGGUAAUUAACAAUAGAUAAUGUUUGCUUCCCUUCUCCCCCUCCUUUUUUUUUGAGCUGAUAAAAGCUUGAAAGAUUCUUCUAUAUGCCAGUUCAAAAGCUGCAGUAAGUUCCUGCUGUCACUGUCUUUGCAUUAGUAAAUGUGGCUCUCGGGAACUGGCUGGAGGAGAAUUUUACACACACACCCCAAAUGCAAAAGCGAGAGUGAAGCAGUUUGUUGGAAAAACCAACACAACUGCACGAGAUCAGUCUGCCUUGUUUGCUUUUUAAAAGUUCAUCCUCUUGAAACAUGCGAAUUUAUACUUAAACAAUUGGGGCCUGCAACAAGGUGUUGCAGUAUGUGUUUACUCAACAGAAGUCUUCCUAUUCAGAAUGUCUGUCAGUCAUACUCUCCACCAAAAUAUUAAAUUCUAAUUUUCUGUUUCUCAUUGGUAUGCUGAAUCUCCAUUGGAGGAGGGGAGAUUCCCCAAGCAUGCGAAUAUCUGUCUUUUGUUUCUCCUUAGCCCUAUAUGAUCUGCAUUUCAGUCAGCUUUCAUCACCUGCAUUCACUAUUAGAGAAAGUGAUAUGCAGUCCAACUUUGUUCAUCAAUCUGGUAUCUUUUUUUGCAGGUGUGCUCUGCUAUUCCACUCCCCAUUUUUAAUUGUUUGCUGAUCAGGUAUGGGAAGGAAGUAUUUACUUAUUACAGUAGUGCCUCGACUUACGAAUUUAAUCCGUUCCGAAGGCACCUUCAUAGGUCGAAAAAUCCGUAAGUUGAAAAGCGCCAUUGGAAACGCGAUUUCCCAUAGGAAUGCAUUGGAAACAGAAAAAUUUGUAAGUCGAAGCAACCCCAUCUAAAAAUUCGUAAGUAAAAAAAAACUCUAUCUAAAACUGCCACAGUUUCCAUUCGGAUGUCGAGAAAUUCGUAAGCGUGCGGCCAUUUGCCCCAUUCAUAAGUCAAAAAAUUCGGUUGUUGAGUCGUUCGUAAGUCGAGGUACCACUGUAUGUAUAUUCAUUAAUAGGGGUUUUUACGUAUACUUUAUUUAUAGUUGCUGGAUACUGUUAAACAUCACAAAAUAACGGGGUAUCUGAAGAAGUGUGCAUGCACACGAAAGCUCAUACCAAUGACAAACUUGUUGGUCUCUAAGGUGCUGCUGGAAGGAAUUUUUUUAUUUUGUUUAGGCUACGUCAGACCAACACGGCUACCUACCUGUAACUGGGUAUUACACUAAAAACUUGUAAAUGUAUCAGUGGUCAAAUUGUUAGGGUGGGGGAAGCCUCACUCUCUGAAAUCCACCAGUUGUGGUCAACUUGUGGUCUUUCGUAACCCUCUGAAAAAAGGAGCAGAGAAGUUGUCAAAAGGUAGGGUGGCCAGAAUCCUGCUCCCUCAAGCACUGAUCCGGCUUGAGUUGAUAGCAGUCUCUAGCCCUCUGUGGCUUUUCAGAUUUGCAGCACACCAGGCUUCCAUCUAUGCUACUGGAGUGUAUGAGUUCCUGUAGAGCUGCCUCUGUUGAAGUUGAACUGAAUGGUAAAGCCACUAGUCCUGGAAAUAAUAAUAAUUUAUUUGUACCCCGUCCAUCCAGCUGGGUUUCCCCAGCCAAUCUAUUCCAGGCAUCCCCAAACUGCAGCCCUCCAGAUGUUUUGGCCCACAACUCCCAUGAUCCCUAGCUAACAGCACCACUGGUCAGGGAAGAUGGGAACUGUAGUCCAAAAUAUCUGGAGGGCCGAAGUUUGGGGAUGCCUGAAUUCUCUCUUUUCCACGCUCACAUCACCAGGUUAUGAGUGCCCUCCUAUCAUGUGUUGUGGCAUAACUAACGUCUGUCAGGUGUGAUUUAUUUCUUCUCUUGCUUCACCUCCUCAGGGAGAAAAUCAUGUGUGUAUGGGGAGAGUUUUGUUCAAUUAGUUUUUUUUAAUGAGGUUUUGGUUUGUUGCAUUUUUUGUUAGGGGUUGGGAAACGUUUGUUUUCUGAAAUGGAGGAAGUUGACUUCUAGACAUGAUGAUAUCUAGCAUUCGUAUUAAUGACAGUGGGAUGGAAGAGGUGUGGGGUAUUGUUUAUUUCAGACAAAGUGUGGAUUGGAUUUACUGUAUGUGGUUUUUUAAAGAAUCUAUUGACUGAUACUGAGCAUUAUGUUGCUUUGGCUAUUGUGUCUACUGAGGACAAACAAUGUUACGUGCUUUACAAUCUUAUCACUUAUUUUUUUUAUGUUAGCAGAUAAACUUUUACAGCACUAUGAAUUGGUGUUGAAAUUAUGUACAGUAGAAAUAGUUUUUCACUCAUUUCUUAUAGACAGCUAUUUAGAAAGUGUUUUCAAAUCUUCACUGUGUUCCUCAGAGAAACAUCUUAAAUAUCAACAGAGGUUAUAACAACAGGCAGGGGGUUGUUCAAAGCUACAUAUUGAGUCCACAGCAAAAGUGGCACCGUGGUCAACCAGAUCCAGGUUUGGGGAUCCACUAACAUGUGUGUUCAUCAUUGAAUGACUGCAGCAUCAAGUUCUGACCUGUGUAUGGUCCCUCCCAGCAUUUGCACAUCACCUCAAACACGGUACUUUCUGAUGGCAUCAGCACAUGCCAGCCCCCAGCUGUCAUUUCUGCAGUAGUAAAAGUGACCCCCCCCAAAUAAAAAUCAAUGAUGUACAUGAAUGUAUGAAUCAGCCCUAACUUUGUGAACUGGACUGCACUGGUUCUUCAGAAAACAUCUGCAUUUCUUGGAAACAAGAGCUCUUUUCUGGUGUGGGGAAAACGGGACCAGGCUGGUGCCAAAUAUGCAGCUGUAAAUGUCCUUUCACCCAGAAGCCUAUUCCCUCUUAGGACACAACUCUGUGACCUUCUGCACCUGCAUAACAGCAAUAAAUCCUCCAGUUUCAGCAGGGAAAGCAAACUUCUUCCCUGAGCCUGUGUGUGUGUGUGAGAGAGAGAGUUUGGAGGUGGUGUUUUUUGGCAUGUGCACCUGAUUUCACAUUAGGCAAUCUAUGGUACAGUGCUGGUAAGUGAAAACCUAGUUGCCUACAUUUUAUCUGGUCUAUGGUGAUCUUUUUUAUUCAUAUAACUUAUCAGUAGGCAAACAAACUAAAGUGAUACUAUCAAAACAAAUCUAUAGAUUUGUCCUUACUUCUUCUUUUUUUCCAAACCAAAGUUCCCAAAAUACUCUAACCAGAUAAAACUCUGAAUGUUGCUUUAGCAGAAGAGCAGGAGAUAAUAUUUUACAUUUUUAAAAUGUUACAUGAAAUCCAUUAGAGAGAGAAAAUAAUAUUCUCAAAUUUAUGAACUAGGUUUCUUCUCCAAAUUAUCUUAAUUAUUCUUUAGUAAAGAAAGUAUUGAUGGUUAUCAUAGUCUGAGCCAUAGGAUAAUGGAGAACUGUGUGCUGAAUUCAGCCAUAGCAUUAAAGAGUAAACCAAUAUUUUAGCAAGUGACGUGCCCACACAUAGCUACUUGAUUCCAAGAUUCAAACUGUGUAGACCAAACUUCCAAAGACUGUUGGUGUUGGAGCUAAACUUCAAGUCUCUUU